UCCUGCGUGUGCGCCUGCGGCUGCACGCUGCACCCUGGACGAGCUGCGAGCUUGGGUUGCGCAUGCAGGCACCCUGUCGGCUAGGCCAGGCCGUUGGCACCAGCCAAGACGCUGAGGCCGUCCAGCAGUGCGAUGGCAUCGGCAGCUGGCAACGACACACACACACACACACACACACACACACACACACACACACACACACACAUACACACACACGCCCUCGCCGGACGCGGCCUCCGACAGGGGAGACCCUGAUCAACGCUCCUCUUUGCCCCUCUCCCAUCUUCCCGAUCCCCCCACAUCCCGCCCACCAUGGUCCGUCUCUCGCUGCUCCUCGUGCUCUCCCUCUCGCUCGGCGCGCUCGGCGCCAAGACGGGCGCCAAGGGCAGCACCAAGGCCGCCGCCAAGAAGGCCGACGACGGCCGCUGUUCGGCGUCGAAGCUCUGCCCCAAGACGGCGCCGUGCUGCAGCAGCGCCGGCUACUGCGGCAGCGGCGCCGAGCACUGUCUCGCCGGCUGCAAUCCCACGUCGUCCUUCUCGCCCCUCUCGUGCAGGGCGCUGCCGCGCUGCAAUGCCCGCGCCAUCGACUUCACCAACAGCCGCAACCCCACCGUGCCGCUCGCGCAGUACAAUGGCGACCCCAGCACCGCCCAGAUGACGCUCGACAGCGGCGUGCUGCGCACCGGCGCACAGGGCCUCUAUGCCACCGUCGGCCAGAGCGGCGAGGCAGCGGCGGGCGCGACGAUCAGCACCACGGACUACAUCAUGUAUGGCCGAGUGACGGCGACGAUGCGCCACAAGAACGACAAGGGCGUCGUCGGCACCUUCAUCUUCUUCUCGCCCACGGGCGACGAGAUUGACUUUGAGAUUACGGCGGGCAAGGCGCGGCAGGUGCAGCUCAACAUGUUCUGGCAGGGCCAGUCGCUGCACGGCGCCGACGGCAACAGCCAGAUCAUCACGAUGCCCCAAGGCUUCGACACGGCCGACUGGCACGCCUACACGCUCGACUGGAACGCGCAGCGCAUCGUGUACAGCAUCGAUGGGCAGGCGGUAAAGACGAUCUACAGGAAGGACUUCAAGGACGAUAAGGGCCGCUUCCAGUACCCCGCCACACCCAUGCGCGCCCAGGUCAGCGUCUGGGACUCGAGCAGGAUGGCAAAGGGCACGCAGAAGUGGACCGGCGGCAAGCCGGACUACGCCAAUGCGGAUCAGUACGGCACGUUCACGACGCAGCUCAAGUCGCUCACCAUCGAAUGCAACGACCCGAGCUCCCUCUCCGCGGGCCGCAACUACGGCUUCUCCAAGAAGCUCGACGCCAAGUCGGGCGAGCCGGCCGUCAUCGGCACCGACCGCGCCUCGACCGUCUAAAGGUGUCAUCCCUGCCCUCGAACUGCAUUCGCUGCGACCUCCGCCAAACCCCCCACCCUCACACUCUUUUGCCAUCCCUCCUCUCGCCCUCGUGCCCGCCUCCCCCCCGCUAACUGCUCGCUUGCUUUGCACUUGCUCCUUUUCCCCUCCUAGUCACCGGCUCUACCAUUUCCCUCCCAGCGAGCCUGCCCACCGCGCCGCACUUUCUCCGCUCUUCUUGCCU